AUGUUAAUUGGCUCAAGUCCUCUUUCAAAAACACCUGGAAAACGAGUACUUGAUCAUGGCGGACACGAGUCUUGUGGUCUUCCUCCGAACUUUAAGUAUAUGAAGGUGGAUGCAAUUAGACUAUUUCCAAGAGGGUGUGAUGCACAAGCCCCUGAAAUUAGUGAAAGAAGAACUGAGGGUGUUACUACGGUGACCGCCACUCCAAACUUGAAAUAUCAGGUGGAAAUGACCGAUGUACUUGAGGCGAUGAAGGUUCCAGUAUCGUGUGGUAAGGUUGUAGCACUGGAAAGCAAAAUGACCCCCGACAAUGUGGGAAUGAAGUUGCCAAAAGGAUUGGCGAGUGUGUUGGAAAAUGGGGCUCAGACUAGGCAGACUGAAGUGGUUGGCUUGGAAACCUCGUCUCCUCCUCCAUUCCGUGCAAAAAUGUAUCAGCCUCCAAAGAUUCGGAAAGGUGUUCCUGUCUCUCGUGAAUUUCCUCCACACCGUGGAACGAUUAAUCAUUUUGACAAUGCAGAAGUGAAGAUGACAAUGGCAUCGGGAAAAGAUGGAUUGAUAAAUUUGUUGGAAAAUGUUGCUCAGCCUAAGCAGAUUGACGCUUUAAGUAGCUUGGAAACAAUGUCACCUUCCUUGCAUGCGGAAAAGUAUCCACCUCCAAAGAUUGGGGAAGGGGUUCCUGUCUUAAAUCAAUUUCCUCCACAUUGUGGAAAGAUAAAUCAUGUCAAAAAUGUGGAAAUGAAGUUGCCAAAAGCGUCAGAGAAAGAUGACCUGACAAAAACGUUGUCUCCUCCUCAUGCAGUGUCAAAUGAUCUUACUCCGUUUGACAAUUACCAAUCAAUUACUAGUCGCAAUCAGGUGAUGAAGACUCUGAAUUUAUUCAAAAAGAUAUUUGAAGAGCUUUCGAAUGAAAAUCAACCAAAUUCAAAAAGACAAAGGAAGGCUGUUGGACAGAGUGAAAAGAAGGCUGCUGGACAGAGGCAUGUAGAAGCGGCGAUGGUUCUCAAAAGGCAACAAAAAUGGAUUAAUACAAGUGGGCGUAUCUUGGGACCUUUCCCUGGGGUUGAGGUCGGCGACCAGUUUCGUUUUAGAGCUGAACUUCUUAUUAUUGGCCUUCAUCAGCAGUUUGUAGCUGGUAUAGAUUACAUUAAGAAAGAUGAAAAGAUUUUUGCCACAAGCAUUGUGGCAUCUGGUCGUUAUGGCAAUCAUGCAGAAUCUUCUGAUGUUUUGAUAUAUUCAGGUCACGGUGGAAAUCCAUUGUUUGAGAAUACGAAACUCGAAGAUCAAAAAUUUGAACGAGGCAACCUUGCCUUGAAGAACAGCAUGGAUGCAAGAACUCCUGUCCGGGUUAUCAUUGGUCAAAAACAAAAGUUGGGGGUGUCCAAAAUUAAGGGUACAAGUAAAGCGAGGAUUCAAAAAAUAUAUGUCUACGAUGGGUUGUACCUGGUGACCAAGUAUUGGCAAGAAACAAAGCAACAUGGAAAAUUGGGGUAUAUGUUUCAAUUGAAUAGACUGCCUGGACAACCAAAACUCCCUUGGCAAAUAGUGAGCAAGUCAUCUGAAGUCUCCAAGAAUUUUUGCGUGGUAAGUGACAUUUCUCAAGAGAAAGAAGAUAUACCCAUUAAUGCAGUGAUUGCCAACGAUGAUGAUAAACCCCCUGCUUUCACUUACAUAAAAAAUAUGAUAUAUCCAGAGUUGCUCAACCACUCUAGUCCAAUUGGUUGUGAUUGCAUCGAUGGAUGCUCGGAUUUGAAGAGCUGUUCCUGCACCAUAAAAAAUGGUGGUGAAAUUCCAUUCAAUGACGAUGGGGCUAUGGUUAAACAAAAGCCCAUUGUUUAUGAGUGUGGUCCUUCUUGCAAAUGCCCUCCUUCUUGCAAGAAUAGAGUUAGCCAACAUGGCAUACGUUAUGAAUUAGAAGUAUUUAACACCAACCUAAGGGGAUGGGGUGUUAGAUCACGAAAUUCUAUUUCUUCCGGAAGUUUUAUAUGUGAGUAUGUAGGGGAGUUGCUUCGGGACAGGGAAGCUGAGAAAAGAACUGGUAACGAUGAGUACUUAUUUGAUAUAGGGCUCGUGAAUGAGGAUGAGGACGAGGACGAGGACAAAGGCGACGAUGGCUAUACUAUUGAUGCGGCACACAGUGGAAACGUUGGAAGGUUCAUCAAUCACAGUUGUUCACCCAACCUUUAUGCUCAAAAUGUUCUUUAUGAUCAUGAAAACAAGAGAAUGAGUCACGUCAUGCUAAUUGCUACGAGGCUCAUUCCACCCUUACAAGAAUUGACCUAUGAUUACAACUAUAAGGUGGGCCAAGUUCUUGAUGUUAAUGGCAAUGUCAAGGUGAAGGAGUGUCAUUGUGGUUCGCGUAAGUGCACCGGGAGGAUGUAUUGA